AUGGACCAGACAAAGUACGCGGAGCAGAAGAAACACGUUUUUGGUAUAAAACUGAAUGAGAAAGAAAAGCCUGGUCCGAAUUUUGUUGUCGUGAAAGCACCAGCAUUUACUGGCUGUAGAAGUUUCGGCAGCAAAAUCAACGGCAGAGAGGAAUUGGGGACUUUGAGAAGUUCAGAUUUAGGGCAUAUAUCUACUUUUUCUGGGUUUAGACCUAAGAAAGAAGUAGCGUUCAUAGCUGCAAUCGCAUGUGGAAGCACCGAUAAUGCAGCGUUGUCUGUGACUCAGAAUGGCUCUGCUUCGGCUCCGCUUACUCGCUCCACGGUGAAACGCCACACCAUCUCGGUGUUUGUUGGGGACGAAAGUGGUAUAAUAAACCGGAUUGCGGGGGUCUUUGCUAGGAGAGGUUACAACAUUGAGUCUCUUGCUGUUGGUUUGAACAAGGACAAGGCUCUCUUUACCAUAGUUGUCUCUGGAACUGAGAAGGUUUUGAAACAAGUUGUAGCACAGCUCAACAAGCUUGUGAAUGUCUUAAAGGUUAUGUCUUACCUUUCAGCAUUUGAGUGA